CGACGUCAUUCUGCUUCCGCUAGCUUUGAGCCAGCCCACCGGUGGUGUCUGCCGGAGUCCUCAGCAUUCUUCUGGAAUAUAGCGUCAAAAUGCAGGAAAACACGCUUUCGUCCAACUCUUACAGACUUCGGUGCUCCAUUGCGGGCCACGAGAUGGACGUCCGGGGGCUCGCGGCUGCUGUUUCCCCGGAAGGAGCGUUGGUUUCUGUGUCCAGAGACCGGACCGGAAGGAUCUGGGUGCCAAACUCAAGCGACCGUUUCACGGAGAUGCAACGCUUGUCGGGCCACUCGAAUUUCGUAUCCUGCGUAUGCGUCAUCGGGCCGAGCGAGACCUACCCGCGAGGACUGGUUGCCACCGGAGGGAACGACAAUAACAUUUGCGUAUUUGCGCUGGACCAAGCGCAGCCCCUGUACACCCUCAAAGGUCACAAAAACACAGUUUGUACUCUGUCCUCGGGGAAGUUCGGGACACUUUUGAGCGGCUCUUGGGACACCACCGCCAAAGUGUGGCUCAGCGAAAAGUGCAUGAUGACGCUGCGCGGCCACUCGGCGGCCGUGUGGGCGGCGGCCAUGCUGCCCGAGCAAGGGCUCAUGCUGUCCGGGUCGGCGGACCGAAGCAUCAAGCUUUGGAAAGCGGGACAGUGCGAGAGGACCUUUACAGGUCACGAGGAUUGCGUGCGAGGCCUCGCGGUGAUCAGCGCCACCGAGUUCUUCUCUUGCAGCAACGACGGCAGCGUCAGGAAGUGGCUGCUCACGGGCGAGUGCACGCAGGUCUACUACGGACACACCAACUACAUCUACAGCAUGGCCGUCUUCCCGGAUAGCGGAGAUUUUGUGAGCACAGGAGAGGACCGGACGGUGCGAAUCUGGAGGAGCGGGGAGUGCACGCAGACGAUCCGCCUGCCCGCUCAGUCCGUUUGGUGCUGCUGCAUCCUGCCAAAUGGUGACAUUGCUGUGGGAGCCAGCGACGGCAUCAUCCGAGUGUUUACAGAGGCCGAGGAGCGCGUGGCGAGCGCUCGCGACCUGCGGGCCUUCGAGGACGAGCUCGCCGACGCCACCAUCGACCCCAAGACGGGGGACCUCGGGGACAUCAAAGUGGAGGAGCUUCCCGGGCGGGAGCACCUCGACGAGCCGGGGAAUCGCGACGGCCAGACGCGGCUGAUCAAGGACGGGCAGAAAGUGGAGGCGUACCAAUGGAGCGUGAGCGACAGUCGCUGGGUGAAAAUCGGAGACGUGCUCGGCGGCUCCGACCAACAGACCUCCAAGAGCGUCAUGUACGAAGGGAAGGAGUACGACUACGUCUUCACCAUCGACGUGAACGAGGGCGGGCCGUCCAUGAAGCUGCCGUACAACGCGUCGGAGGACCCCUGGCUGGCGGCGCACAACUUUUUACAGAAGAACGACCUCAGCCCCAUGUUCCUGGACCAGGUGGCUAAUUUCAUCACGGAAAACACCAAAGGGCAGGUGGCGGGUCAGGCGGCGGCGGCGGGGCACGCGGCCGGACCCGCGCCGCCGCAGCCCGCCAGCGGCGACCCUUUCACCGGUGGCGCUCGCUACAUCCCGGGCGGCACCGACACGAGUCCCCGCAUCGGAGGCGAUCCCUUCACAGGCUCGGGCCGCUACAUCCCCGGCUCCGGCCCCGGCUCCGGCCCCGACUCGGCGGCUCCCGAAGGCGUGGCCGAUCCCUUCACAGGCGGAGGCGCCUACUCUUCCGCCGGGGCGGCGGGACAGAAAAGCACCAACAUUUACUUUCCCAAGACCGACGGCGUGACCUUUGAGCAAGCCAACGUUUCACAAAUUGUCGGCAAGCUGAAAGAGCUCAACGCCGGGGCCCCUCAGGAGCACCGGCUCUCGGAAGGCUUCCUGGAAAGUCUGCGGGGGCUGCUGGCGUCCGUCUGCGGCCUGGCCGACGCCCCGCCCACCGUCCAGCAGAUCCUCCUCCUCUGGAAAGCCACGCGCUGGCCCGAAGAUAUUGUGUUUCCGGUCCUGGACAUUCUAAGGCUGGCUGUGCGCCACCCGCAGGUCAACGAGCGCCUGUGCGGCGAGACCGAGGGCGUCGGGCUGUGCGACCACCUCCUGAGCCUGAUGAGGCCCGAGGGCCGCGCGGCCAAUCAGAUGCUGGCGCUGCGCAUCCUCUGCAACUGCUUCAGCGCCGGGCCCGGCCGUGCGCUCCUCAUGGCCCGGCGCGAAGCCGUCCUGUCGCGGGCCGCCGACUUGGCCGCCGCCGUGUGCAAUAAGAAUGUCCACGUUGCUCUGGCCACGCUGGUGCUCAACUACGCCGGCUGCCUGCACCGCCGACCCGACCUGGAGGGCAAAGCCCAGUGCCUGUCGGUGGCCAGCCGAGCGCUGGAGAGCGUUCGGGACCAGGAAGCCGUCUUCCGCCUGCUGGUGGCGCUGGGAACCACCGUGGCGUCCGACCCGACGGCCCGGGACCUGGCCCGCUCCCUGGGGGUCAACGCGCAAAUCUCCCAAUACUCCUCCGUAGCCGAGCCCUCCAAACUGGGCGAGUGUUGUCGACUGCUUUUAAAAGAACUGCAAUAAAAUACAAAUCAACCCAUUGCUUUUUGACGACAA